GCUGCCGCCGCCGUCACAUCGCUGGAACGGACGUCGCUUCACAGCGGGUCCGGUUAGCGCGGUAUGGACAGCAGAGACCGUACCCGCAGCCGGAGGCCCCGGCGGCGCCGCCGUCCCCUCCCAGCAACCCCCCGCCUCGCCUGAGGACCAGGCGUGGGCCACGUUUGAAGAUCUCUGUUGCGCUGCCGUACACCGCACCCUGGCGUGGGGCUGGGUGCCGCGAAGCGAUCUAGCGGAUAGCGAGGCGUAUCUGUUCAUUGGGCUGCCGGCGCUCGCGCUGUUGCAGGUGUUGGGUGACGCGGCUGGUGUAGAGCCCAGCUGGAUACCCACCCACCCCGCCGCUGCCGCCUCCACCGCUGCCGCCGGAGAUGACGAUGGAGGGCAACGUGGGGAGGCUGGAGGCGCUGACGCAGCAGCAGCAGCAGCAGCAGCGGCGACGGUGGCGGCUCCGGUUGGGGUAGCAGCAGCAGCAGCGACAGCGGCAGCAACUGCAAGCAGCGGCAUCCAGACUUCCACCGGCGCUCUGGGAGGUGGUGCCGGCAGCCCUCAGUUGCAGCACCCGUCAGGGGUACGGCAAGCGACGGCGGCGGUGCCGGCAACAGCUGCUAGGGCGCUGCUGCCACCGCGGCCGCCCGCCGCUCAGCUGGCGUCAGCCGGUGCACCCGCUGCGUCUUCAUCUGCUACAGCUACGGCUGGGGCUCGGGUUUCACCUGCUACCGCUGCUGCUGCUGCUGCCGGUUCCGCUAGCGCUGCGGGCUCCGUCACGAGUGGUGCAGGCGGAAGUACCGGGCUUCCCAGCGGGUGCAGCGAGGGGGGGUCUGUGAUCGUGCAUGACACCGAGGAUGAAGCAGACGCAGCAGGGGAGGACGACGAGGAGAAGGAGCAGCAGGGGCAAGGGCAGGGACAGGGGCAAGGGCAGGGGCAGGGACAGGUGCAUGGGCAGGGGAAUGCGCCGCUCAGGGCGAGCGCAGGGGCUCCGGUAACAGCGCCAGCAGCAGCACCAGCAGCAGCACCAGCACCAGCAGCAGCAGCAGCACCAGCACCAGCACCAGCGGCAGCACCAGCACCAGCACCAGCAGCAGCACCAGCGGCAGCAACAGUGGGUGCUACCGACCGGGACGCUGCAGCAGGAGUGCCCCCCGCCAGAGCUGUGUCCUCGUCAGCUCCUGGGGGUGAUGACACCGGAUCCGCUGCUGCUGCUGCUGCUGCUGCUGUAGCCACAACUGCAGGCACAAGUAGCGAAGAGGCGGCAGCGGCGGCGGCGACUGCUGAGGCGGCGGCGCCUGCCGAGGGCACGGAGGGUGCUGCGGCGGCUGCUAGUGUGGCGCUGCAACUGUGCCACGAGCCGCUGAGCUCCCGUCUGGCGCAUGCGCUGCUGGAGGAGCUUGCGGAGCACUUGUUGAGUGCUGACAUCGGGUUCAGCUCUGCAGCGAACCCGGUGCGACUGCAGCGGAGCUUGGCGGCUCUACAGGCUUCUCCACUGGAAAUGCGCUACAUGGCCUGCCACUCGGCGUUACUUGGUGACCCACGGGUCACCGAACUUGUGCCGUUGGAGGUUCUCAAGCCCGCACCCUCCCGCCACAACCACAACCACCACGGCCAUCACCACCACCAUCAGGCUCCCAGCUCGCCCAACCAGGCAAACAACAGCGCGCCCACGUCACCUGUUAGUCCAGCAUCCCAUACACACCAACACGGGCUUUUCCAUAUUCC